AUGACCCCAAUUCACUAUGAGUCUACCUACAGCACGUCGCUCAACCCUUGCCGCGAAUUCAGCUUCAUUUUGAUGGACAUUGCGGGGUACAAAGCACACAGACCGGACAACCCUGGUCCGCCAACUCAUAACCAUGUGCGACCAUCGCGGUAUCGAACCUUCUCCGCGGCCGUCCCAGUCCCCAUGCGACCACACAUGUUAGGUUCUCACCACUUUUGUCUGCCCCCUCUCACACCCCGAUCACGAGCCAUGGCACACACCACCAUCUUCAACAAGUUCCAGCGAACCAGCAACAAUCCUGAUACAACAAACCCCAUGAACCAAGCAUUACACCAAGCAAGUCGAAUGCCCUUCUUACCUAUCUUCCAGAAAACCUGGAGAAGGAUUUUGACUGAUUGCACAACUCCUAUGCCAACACGCAAGGUAAUCUACGCGACAUGCAUCCAAAGCCACAAAAGCAAAACCAAAAAGCGAACAUUUACUCAUGCAUGCUCGACAUAA